AUGCAAGAUGGAGAGAUUGCGGCGGCGAACGACGAAUCGACCCGCGUGAUUCUGCAUUUAGAUUUGGAUUGCUUCUACGCCCAAGUGGAGCACGAGCGACUUGGUAUCCCACACUCGGAACCACUGGCUGUACAGCAAUGGGGCAGCUUACUCGCCGUCAACUACGCCGCGCGUCCGUUUGGCGUCGUGCGCAGCGAAAACAUCGGCGAUGCGCGCAAGAAGUGUCCUUCUAUCCACUUGCCACAUGUCGAAACCCUUGGAGACGGCUCAGACGUGGCGCCCAAUCGAUCCAAACAGAAGGCCAUUCUGAGGCGGUACCGCAUCGCCAGUCGCCAAGUGUUUGAGAUUGUUGCUCGUCAUGCCCCCAUUUACGAAAAGGCCAGCAUCGACGAAGUGUACAUGGACGUAUCCCAGCAAUGUCAAGAACGAUUCAAAUCGAACGUUUCAGACGGCUUGGGCUACGGGGCCACCCACGUGUUUGGCAUGGCGGACGCGCCGGGGGCCUUUCCCACAACCUACCAGGAGAAGUUGCUGUGUAUUGGAGCAGAAAUUGCUCAAGAAAUUCGAGACGAUAUCCGACGCACGUUGAACUUUACCACGUCCGUGGGCAUCGCCACCAACAAAUUGUUGUCCAAACUGGCAGCGCCACUGCACAAACCCGACGGCCAAACGAUGGUUCCACCACGCUCUGUCCAACGCUUCAUGCAAUCCUUCCCCGUGGAUAAGAUUCGAGGAUUGGGCGGCAAACUCGGCGUCCGCCUCGUCGGUCUAGCUAGUUCCCAGCACCACACCGAAGAAGGCAAAGCAACGCCACAGCAAGGCGCCACCAACGCCGAGACAGGUCCACCGGCUCGCGUGACGGCGGGAGCGAUCGUGGACGAGUUGGGUCUACAGGGGCUGCAAAAGCAUUUCGGCGACGACACUGGUCGGUACAUUUACACGCUGUGUAUGGGCGAGGACGGGCAGGACCCGGUGAACGUCAAGAAGGUGCUGCUGGCGCAAUUGAAUUCGGUCAAGAGCUUUGACCCAAACAAGGGGGGGCUUGUGACUACCGAGAGCCUGUUUCAGUACUGGUUGCGCAUCUUGUGCGACGAGAUGGCGUGGCGGUUUGAAGAAGAGCGCGACGAGAACCACCGCCUCCCGACGCAGUUCACGUUGACCUGCGAACGCUACGACUCUGGCCAGAAAAAGCUGGUACGGCACUUUGCAGUGCCCAACACUGUCGACGCCAGUGUGUUUUAUGCCGCCGCGAUCGGUCAGAUCCACGACAUCUCCGCCGCCGUCUUGCCGUGUUCCCACAUGGUGUUGUCAGCGAAAGAGUUUGUGUCGACAUUGCACAUGUCGGUCAAAAUCACCCACUUUUUCAAAGAAAGCACCGUUAAACAGCCAUCAAUUGACGAGAAUAAUAGUAUGGCUCCACAAGAUGAUGGAGUGACGACCACCACCGAUGGAAGAAUCGACAGAUCGAUGCCCACCAAGCCAUCGUUGUCGGCGGCAUGGAAACCUCCGCGUCCCAAGGCCGCCGCCGCUCCGUCGACGAUCGCGCACUUCUUUGUAAAAGGGCCCACAGCCGCGGGGGUGGAUAGACAGGGCGAUGAUGUCCGUGGAUAUUCCAAUGACAAGGAUGCUUCGGAGGAGAUGCAUUAUUGCCACAAGUGCCACAUGUACAUUGCCACGACCGCGGCAGAACACGCAGACCACCACGUCGCCCUCGCGCUAAGUUCAAAAUGGAACGACGACGACAACAAAGCGCGGCCAACGAAACAGCAAAAGAAAACCAAGACAGGGCCCAUGGAUUUCUUUUUCUCCAAAAGCCACGACCAACAACCCCAAGGCUAAGUAUGUGUAAACUAACUAGUAUUAAUAGUCCAC